AUGGCCUCCAACACCGCCACCAUGGGAAACCUUCCCAGCGGGAUCGGGAUCUGUACGACCAUCCCAGACAUCCUCUACGUGCCCGAGCUGAUCUUCGGAGGUCUGGUGUGGAUCUUGGUUGCGUGUACGCUGGUGGUGCCGGCGAACCCUCAGGGCUGGGUCAUGUUCGUAUCCGUCUUCUGCUUCAUCAUGACUUUCAUCUGGUUGGUGGUGUUCGCCUGCGGGGGGCAUCACAACAGCGGCGGCUGGGCUGCAGCGGACUUUGUGUACCAUGGCCUUGCUGCCUUCUUCUACCUCAGUGCUUCGGUGGCUUUGGCCAAAGUGACUAUUGACAUGAAAGACGGGACAAUCUUCCAAAACUACCAGCUGGACAUUUCUGCAGUGGUUUUCUCUUACAUCGCGACUUUUCUCUACUUCAUCCACACCGUCCUGUCAGCCAUCCGAUGGAAAUCCUUCUAA